GGACGGUCUGCGACUAUCCUCCUUUUUCUCCUCCUCUGUCUUCUCUAACUUCUGAUUCUUCUCCCGCUGAUCAACACGACAGCAUGGUGGCUAAGGAUUACCCGUUUUACCUGGUGGUUAAGAGAACCAACUGCGCGCUGGAGGUGCAGACUGUGAGCGGCGCGCAUAAAGAAGCGGAGGAACCGAGCAACAAGCGGGUAAAGCCUCUGUCUCGGGUCACGUCACUGGCCAGUCUCAUCCCACCUGUGAAAGCUGCUCCUCUGAAGCGUAUCGGUCAGACACUGCAGCGCUCCAUCAGUUUCCGUAGUGAAAGCAGGACAGAGAUCAUGCCUCCUCGGCCGUGGAGCAGGCAAGCACCGCCGGCCAUCACCAAGCGCCGCGAUAGCAAGCUCUGGAGCGAGACGUUUGACGUGGGGCUUGGACAAAUGCUCUCUACCAAAGAGAUCAAAAGACAAGAAGCUAUAUUUGAGCUGUCUCAGGGAGAGCAGGACCUGACUGAAGACCUCAAGCUGGCCAAGAAGGCGUACCAUGACCCCAUGUUGAAGCUUUCCAUUAUGACUGAACACGAGCUCACACAGAUAUUCGGUACCCUGGACUCUCUCAUCCCGCUGCACGAAGACCUGCUAAGUCGACUCCGAGAGGCCAGGAAACCAGAUGGCUCUACAGACCAUGUGGGUCACAUCUUAGUAAACUGGUUACCGUGUCUGGACUCCUACAACAGCUACUGCAGUAACCAGGUGGCUGCCAAAGCUCUACUGGACCAUAAAAAGCAGGACCACAGAGUUCACGACUUCCUGCAGCGAUGUCUGGAGUCGCCCUUCAGUCGCAAACUGGACCUGUGGAACUUUCUAGACAUCCCUCGCAGCCGGCUUGUAAAAUACCCACUGCUGCUUCGUGAGAUUCUCAAGCACACACCCAACGACCACCCGGACUGGCAGCACUUGGACGAAGCGAUUAACAUGAUUCAGAACAUUGUGGCUGAGAUUAACAUCACCACGGGCGAGUCGGAGUGCCGCUAUUAUAAAGAGCGUCUCCAGUACCUAGAGGAGAGCCAGAGAGACCUGCUGAUCGACACGUCUCGCAUUCUUAGCUGCCACGGAGAGCUCAAGAACAACAGAGGAGCUAAGCUGCAUGUGUUCCUGUUUCAGGAUGUGCUGGUGAUCACCCGUGCCAUCACCCACAAUGAACAGCUCUGUUAUCAGCUCUACAGGCAGCCCAUCCCAGUGAGAGAGCUCGAGUGGGAGGACCUGCAGGAUGGAGAAAUUCGUCUGGGUGGCUCCAUCAGAGGAGCCUUCAGUAACACAGAGAGAACCAAGAACUUUUUCCGGGUGACGUUCCGCAGUGGUGGCCAGCUCCAGUCCCACUGCUUCCAAGCCAGCGACGCCUUCAACAAGCAGCAGUGGCUCAACUGUAUACGUCAGGCUAAAAUGGCCAGUGGCUCCCAGCCGCCGCGCACACCUCCCGCUCAGGACAAAGCGGAGGAGCGCAUGGACCAGAGUGACAGCGACCUUUCAGACUGUAGCAUGGACACUAGUGAUCCCGGGGCUAAGACUGGCACACAGCUGAUGGAACUUUCACAGUCGUUGGAUACCCGGGUGAAGGUGUGAUAGAGGAACUGCAACGUGGGUUGUAAUAUCUGUCGUCAUCUCCACUCACCAAGCAAACCUGUACAGCAGUGAUGUCAUGGAGGAGCAUUCUAUAAAGC